ACAGUGAGUUUAGGGUCGUGGAAAACUGCACUGAGCAAAUUUUGGUCAAUAAUAGUAUAUACAUGUACAUUUAAAUAUGGCUGAUGCUCGGUAUUGUGUGGAGUAUGCCAAGACUGGUCGUAGCUCAUGCAAGAAGUGCAAGAGCCAGAUUGAGAAGGGUGUGUGUCGCAUUGGUAAGAUGACUCCAAACCCCUUCAGUGAUGAUGGUGGGGACAUGAAAGUGUGGUAUCACACGAGGUGUAUAUUCGAAACAUUUAAGCGUGCCCGAGCCACAACCAAGAAGAUUGAGACACCUGCUGAUGUGGAUGGGUUCCCUGAGCUCAACGACCCUGAAAAACAGGAAAUCAAGGACCUGAUCAAGGAGUGUGUCACAAGCAAGCCUCCGCCUAAGACAAAAAAGGCUGUUCGAACCACUCUCACUGGGGAUACCUCAAAGUCCCUAGGAAAAUCUCCGAGCAAGCCAUCUGCAAGUAGUGCAGGACCAUCAACCAUCACACCAAGUACCCCACCCAUCCCAGCUGAUCCUUCCAACCAGGAUAACUUGUUCAGUGAGUUUAGGGCUCUUUGUGGACGCCUGGAGAAGGAGCCCAAGUACAAUGGGAAAACAAAGCUAGUAUCUGAUUUCAUCAAGCGUGGCAGCAGUGGAGAUGUGGACCACAAAUGGAUGAACGUACAUGUACAGUAUAUGAGCAUACAGGUGAAUGUAAAUUGCUUAGUACUUACUUCUGUUUGUGUCUCCAGCUUCAAUUAUUUCCCAAUCCUACAUGUAGAUGGCUAUAAUGGAGAUGUGUACUUAUUGGUAAAGCUGUUGCUACCGACAGCUGGGAAGAAAAGGGUGUACAACUUGCAAAGCAAGCAAAUUGUCAAGCUUCUCAGUCAGAUCUUUGGGACCAGCUUAGAAGACAUGGUUGAAGAUCUGGAGAAGGGAGAUGUGGCGGAAACUGCCAAGACAUUUUUCCUGACCAGCAGCUGCACUCCUCCUCAAAGCAAGAGCGCCCUCACUCUAGCCGAGGUGGACUUUUAUCUUGAUGAGUUAACCAAGGUAACCAAGGAGGACGACCAGAGGGCACAACUCAAACAAGUUGUCGAACGGUGCUCCGAAGAAGACCUCAAAUAUUAUGUACGUCUGCUAAAGCACGACCUCCGUAUCUUUGCUGGGCCUAAGCAUGUUUUGGAUGCUCUAGACCCGAAAGCAUACAAGGCGUUUCAAGCAUCCAAUGACCUGCAAGACGUUGUGGAGCGUGUGCUAGGUGGAGGGGGUGAGAGUAGUGAGGGUGGUGAUGGUCGACCGUCACUGAAGAGGGGGAUAAGUGUGAGAGCCAGCCUAAUGACGCCAGUUAAACCAAUGCUGGCUGAGGCAUGCCGUGCUGUUGCCAUGGCAAUGAAGAAGUGCCCUAAUGGGAUGUAUGCUGAGAUCAAGUACGAUGGAGAGAGAGUGCAGGUGCACAAACAGGGUAACAAGUUCGAGUACUUCAGUAGGAGUCUAAAGGCAGUGCAGCCUCACAAGGUCGAGCAUAUAAAGGACUACCUCUCUAAAGCUUGUCCCCAUGGUGACAAUAUGAUUCUGGAUGCUGAGGUACUCAUGGUGGACACCAACACAGGCAAACCACUUCCAUUUGGCACUCUGGGGAUUCAUAAGAAAUCGGCUUUUAAAGAUGCUUGCUGCUGCUUAUUCAUCUUUGAUAUUGUAUAUUUCAAUGGUGAAACACUUAUGGACAAACCUCUGAUGGAGAGAAGGAAGAUUUUGGAGCAGAAUAUCAAGGAAGUCAAAAACCGGAUAAUGCUGUCAGAGCAAAAGCUUAUUAGACAAGAAGAGGACUUGUCUGACCUGAUCAUGAAGGUGAUCAAGCAGGGGCUGGAGGGACUCGUGCUCAAGGACACUAAGAGUGUGUAUGAGCCCGGGAAGCGUCACUGGCUCAAGGUGAAGAAGGACUACCUAGAAGGCGGGGCUAUGGCAGACACUGCCGACCUAAUCGUGCUGGGAGCCUACUAUGGAACAGGAAACAAAGGGGGAAUGAUGUCAGUAUUUCUAAUGGGGCUUUAUGAUUCCUCCACUGGGAAGUUCUGUACUGUGGCCAAGUGUGGUAAUGGUCAUGAUGAUGCUACGAUUGCCAAACUGCAAGACGAGUUGGAUAUGGUCAAGAUCAGCAAGGAUUCUUCCAAGGUUCCUUCCUGGUUAUUGGUGAAUAAAAGUGUUGUUCCAGAUUUAGUCAUCAGGGACCCAAAGAUUGCCCCUGUGUGGGAGAUCACUGGUGCCGAAUUCUCCAGCUCCAACAUUCAUACCGCAGGAGGUAUCUCCAUCCGCUUCCCACGAGUCACACGAAUCAGGGACGACAAGAACUGGUCAACUGCCACUGAUCUGGCCAGGCUGAAGGUCUUAUACGAAAAGUCGAAAGAAUUUAUCGACAUUCCUGAUUUGAUGACGUCCGUAGCCCAGGCCAGUGGUUCUGGUGGAGGCAGUGACUGCGAUACAAUGGCUAGCCCCAAGAAAACACCCACUAAGAGGAAACUAGAGGGUAACCCCAAACCAUCACCUAAGAGGUCAAAACCAGUCUGCAAGUAUGGCCCAAAGUGCUACCAGGCAAACCCUAAACACAUGGAGGAGUUUGAACACCCAUGGGCAAGUAGCAAUGAUGUUCUGACGACUCAUAAGCUUGAGAGUGCUGGGUUAAAGAUUGAGAAGCCUCUAUUGGACAUCUUCACUGGGGUCAAAGUUUACAUUCUACCAAAUACUCUGAAUUCACUGCAACUUGAAAGAUAUUUCACGGCGUAUGACGGUGAGGUGUUAGACGAGCAUCAAAAGUCACUGGCUACCUACAUCAUUGGCAAUGAAACACCUAAGGAUUCUGGGGACAUCAAGUGCCUCAAGUCUGAUUGGAUUUGGGACUCUUUAGAGCAAAAGACACAACUGCCAGUGGAGAACUACUUGCACACAAUGUGAGACUUUUUUUUAGAGCUAGGAGUUGCUAUAAUUAUUAUUGUUGUCAUUUUCUGUGAUCUACACUCUUUUACAGUACAUACCAUAGUUUUUCAAAUUUAAUGCACUAUAGUUGUUUUUAGCCAAAAUGUAUAUAUGACUUUUGUCAUUAUAAUUUAUACAUAGUCAUGAUGUAUAUUGUAUGUUAAAACGUAACUGGACCUACAUUAUGGUUUGUCUGA